CGAUACUGCUCUGCUUGCGCGACAGAACUAGGGCUUCGUCACUCAACGGCUGCUGUGUACUAAGUGUGAUUGAACCGGCUUCAAGAUUCGCUUAGAGGCGGAAAGGACUGCCGGAUCCGGCAAACAAGAACCAGGUUUCCUUGGCAGCGUGCAAGCCAAGCAGGGGAGAACCGACGCUCCACCCGGCUCUUUGUAGCGCAUUGUUUUAAUGAGAACUUGCAACGAUGUUUGGAGCUGCAUCCUGCGAUAGCUGAGUGGGGCACGCGAGUCUGGGGGCACUGUCAAGUGUCAACCAUCUUUCUGAGCUCAAGUAGGCCAGGCUCGCUAUAGUAAGCUAGAGCUCUAGCAGCGACCAUGGGAGCUAGGCACAGCCUGUACAAGGCCGGUCCUGAGGACGUGGUGGACCCGCAGCGGCCAGGCGCAGCCGGUGCCCCGGCCGCGGCGCGACCCCCGCCCAUCGCGGUGCCCGACCCCAGCGCGGCAGCUUCUCGCAACGCCACGGGCGGUGGCGCGGCAGGCUUAGUCAGCCGGCUGGGCCUGCCGCUGUGCAGCACUGUGGACACUGUGGACCUCGCGGCCACGCACCCGCACUCGCCGCUGCCCUCGCCCGCGGCGCACGGCCGCACGGACGUUUGGAUCCUUGCCGGGCAGAGCAAUGCAGUAGGUGACAACGCGGCAGAUGGCCUGCCCAUGCCCGCUGCCGCGCAGCCGCUGCCGGGGCUGGUGCUGUCGUAUGAGGGCGGUGUGGGCACAUCGGGCGGCGGGUCGGGCGGGUCGGGCGGGCGGUGGGUGGACGCGGCGCCCAACGUGCACCUGGGGCUGCACGGAUACGAGGACGCGGACAGCUGCGGCCCCGGCAUCCCCUUUGCCCGCACGCUGGUGUCUCUGGGGCUGUCCUCACGCGUGGCGCUGGUGCCCACCGCCCGCGGCUCCACCAACCUCUUCCAUGACUGGCGGCCCAUGACCGGCAGUAGCAGCAGCCACAGCAGCGCCGCGGCCGCUGCUACAGCCAGCACGUCUGCCGGCGGCGCUGGCGGCCACAGCAACCACAGCAACGGCGGCGCGGCGUCAGCCGCGACCGAUGGCAGCGCCGCCGCAGGCGCAGGAUCCAACGGCGGCGCUGCUACUGCCGCAACUGCUACUGCUACAGCUGCUACUGCUGCUGGUUGUGAUGGCGGUGUGAAUGCGGCGAGCGGCGUCAAGGGUGGCAGCCCUCCCGGCUACUUCUAUGCGGCCAUGAUUGCGCGGGUGAAGGCGGCAAUUGCCACGCCGCUGCCGGGCGGCGGCGCCUGCAGGUUGAGAGGCAUGAUCUGGGUGCAGGGCGAGGCGGACGCGGAGGAGCGGCACGGGCCCGGCCCCGCCGAGGCCUACGCAGCCAACUUCUCCGCCUUUGUGGCGGCGGCGCGGCGCGACCUGUCCGCUUUCCAUGCGCAGCUGCCUGUCGUCGUGGGGGUGAUGGCGGUCCGCAAGCGCGACUGCUUCCCGCACCUGCCCGCGGUGCGGCAGGCGCAGCUGAAUGUGCCGCUGCCCGGCCUCAUUCGCAUUGACAUGGCCGGGUUUGAGUUCUUUGAGGAGUACGGGCCCUACCACGUGCAUCUCACCAAGGACGGCGCCUGUGCCAUGGGUGCGGCCAUGGCGCACUCCUACUACAGCGCGGUGGUGCGGGCGGGGCUGCCGCGCGGGCCGCCUGGGUCCUGCGCCGUCGGAGGCCCGACCGCGUCCGUGGCGCCCACACCCGCCGCCGGGGGCGCCGCCGCCGCCAGCUUCCGGCAGCAGCAACACCAGCAGCAGGUGCUACAGCCGGGAAGUACCAACGGAGGGGCUGGGGUGGCCGGGGGUGUGGUGGGCGUGGCGCUGGCGCUGGCGACCAUCCCUAGCAGCGACAGCCCGCGCUCGGGGGUGUCUGCGGCGACGCCUUUGGCCACUGCUGGGGCGGCGGCAGCGGAGCCGGCUGCAGCAGAGGUGGUGACGGCGGAGGCAGUGACGGCGGAGGUGAUGAAAGUGGAGGCGGUGAAAGUGGAGGCAGUGACGGCGGAGGCGGCACCGGGUGACUCCUCAGGUGGCGUUGAGGUGGCGGCAGUGGGGGCUGCAGGGGAUGAGGCGGCGGCGCGAGAGGACGGCGGUGUCGGGGCAAAGGCGGAGGGGGUAAACGACACGGCGACGCCGUAUGCAGUGGUGUAAGGCGAGAAGCAACUGAGGGAGGCAGUGGCAACCGCUGCCACUUUGGGAUGCAGGAUGAUAUUGGAUGCUGGUGGGGCGUGGUGGAGGGGCGAGGCAUGGAAUCGGGCUUGCUGCGGUUUGGCAACCGUGCAGAAUGCUGAUCCCUGCUCUUGCGGAGGCGUUUCACACUAGAGCAAUGUUGUAAGACAGAGACAUA